AGCCGCUGCAGGGAGCCGGCCCGGCCGAGCGCAGGGGACGGCGGAUGGGCCGGGGCCAUGGAGCUGCUGAAGCCGAACCGGAGCGUGCCGGGAUACGGACCCGGGCCGGCGGCUUCCCUGUGCCGCCCGGGGGGCCCACUCCUCAACGGCAGCGGCACCGGCAACCUCAGCUGUGAGCCCCCGCGCAUCCGCGGAGCCGGGACACGAGAACUGGAGCUGGCCAUUAGGGUCACCCUCUACGCUGUGAUCUUUCUGAUGAGUGUCGGAGGAAAUGUGCUCAUCAUCGUGGUCCUGGGACUCAGCCGCCGUCUGAGGACCGUCACCAACGCCUUCCUGCUCUCACUGGCAGUCAGUGACCUCCUGCUGGCCGUGGCUUGCAUGCCCUUCACCCUCCUGCCCAAUCUCAUGGGCACAUUUAUCUUUGGCACCGUCGUCUGCAAGGCGGUUUCCUACUUCAUGGGCGUGUCUGUGAGCGUGUCCACCCUAAGCCUCGUGGCCAUCGCCCUGGAGCGGUACAGCGCCAUCUGCCGACCACUGCAGGCGCGUGUGUGGCAGACGCGCUCACACGCGGCUCGAGUGAUCGUAGCCACGUGGAUGCUGUCCGGACUGCUCAUGGUGCCCUACCCGGUGUACACUGCCGUGCAGCCAGCGGGACCUCGUGUGCUGCAAUGCAUGCAUCGGUGGCCCAGUGCGCGAGUUCGCCAAACCUGGUCGGUACUGCUGUUCCUGCUCUUGUUUUUCGUGCCCGGGGUGGUUAUGGCGGUGGCCUACGGGCUUAUUUCCCGCGAGCUCUACUUAGGGCUUCGCUUUGACGGUGACAGUGACAGCGAGAGCCACAGCCGGGUCGGAAGUCAAGGAGGACUGCCCGGUGGGACCGGACGAGGUCCUGCCCACCCGAACGGGCGUUGCGGGUCCGAGACCCGGCUGGCUGAUGAGGACGGCGAUGGCUGUUACGUGCAGCUUCCGCGCUCCCGGCCUGUACUGGAGCUGUCCGCGCUGACCGGACCCACGCCUGGGCCAGGAUCCGGCAGCCGGCCGGCCCAAGCCAAGCUGUUAGCUAAGAAGCGCGUUGUGCGGAUGUUACUGGUGAUCGUUGUGCUUUUUUUCCUGUGUUGGUUGCCAGUGUACAGCGCCAACACGUGGCGCGCCUUCGACGGCCCCGGUGCACAUCGCGCCCUUUCGGGUGCGCCCAUCUCCUUCAUCCACUUGCUAAGCUACGCCUCUGCCUGUGUCAACCCCCUGGUCUACUGCUUCAUGCACCGUCGCUUUCGCCAGGCCUGCCUCGACACCUGCGCCCGCUGCUGUCCUCGGCCUCCGCGAGCUCGCCCCAGACCUCUACCGGACGAGGAUCCUCCCACCCCCUCCAUCGCCUCACUGUCCAGGCUGAGCUACACCACCAUCAGCACGCUGGGACCUGGCUGAGGGGUGUAGCGGGAGUGGGAGCUGAGGCAGAACAGACAGACUGGCCCCAUCCAGACACCCAAGAGACACAGACCAACGGACACAAGAGACUACUCACCCCAACACACAGGAAAAGGUGGCUUACCCCACACAGGAAAGAAGGCACUUGAUGUGGGACUGAGCCUGGUACACAGAGACAUGGCACUGACCUUGGACAUACAGACACAGUGUCCCUAGCUGUGGACUAUCUCCGCACUGUGGAAACUCUGACAGGGGCUGACUUGCCUCUCACACACAUAGUAAUGGCAUUGAAUCUUUUAGGGCUCUGGAGCCUGGCACAGGAAUGACUCCUGAGAUGCUCCAGGCUGCCCCCAGUUUGACCUCACCGUGCCCUUCCCCAAUCAGCGCUGCAAACACCAACCUGCCUAAUCUCACACUGCCCAGACCAACAAGCUGUUUUGCACUGAAAAGUCCUUUCAUUCCUUUCCAGUUAAAUACUAUAGGCCUUCCCCUUCUCCCUUACCCAACUUUUUCAAGAAAUAAUAAAAGACUUGGCUUCCCCCUUAAUUUCCUUUUUGGACUUUUUUGGGGCACGCGUGGAGGCACAGGAUUUUGUACAGUCCUCUCCGUCAGGUCCCUCCCCUGCUGCUCCUGUGCAUGACUCCCUGCCAAAAAGCCCAUGGUCUGAGUCUAGAUGAGGCUGUGUGAAUUCUCUCCGAGUGGUCAACCUGGACCCACCUCACACCACAGUCGUAUGCAGUAGCUGGGAAUGGAGGUGCGGCUGGGAGGUGGGACAUCCAUGACACAUAAUGAUUCCUGAGCACAUUGUCCUAGAGUGGUACCA